CGGAGAACACCACACAUGGGAAAUGUGAAUGGCAGGACCUUCGCGAUGGUGGGAGGCGUCCCACCGACCUGAUGUCAUGAACCAGUUGUGCCGAGUCUGCGGCGAACCUGCCGCUGGAUUCCAUUUCGGUGCCUUUACCUGCGAAGGAUGCAAGUCAUUCUUUGGACGAACGUACAACAACCUCGGCUCUAUAUCGGAGUGCAAGAACAACGGCGAAUGCGUCAUCAACAAGAAGAACCGGACCUCCUGCAAGGCCUGCCGCCUGAGGAAGUGCCUCUUGGUCGGGAUGUCCAAGAGCGGCUCCCGCUACGGCCGGAGGUCCAACUGGUUCAAGAUCCACUGCCUCCUCCAGGAGCAAGGAGCGUCUUCCAAAUGGGAGGAGGACAACAACAAUUCCGUCAAGGAAAUGAAGUCACCCAUGUGGCGGCUUCCUCUACCGCCUCCACUCCCGCUCUUCGGAUUUCCGCCUCCGCUGCCGCCGCUCUUUCUGCCCAGGCCGCCAUUGCCUCUCCCGCCGCCACCUCCCAACUCCUUGGACGUCCUCCGGUCCCUGGGUCCUGUUCAAGACACGCCGAUGGAUCUGUCCAGUAGGAAGCGCCAGGAGCAGGAGGAAGGUGCGGAAGAGACGAAAAAGACUCCUCUAGAUCUAACGUGUGUGAAAACCUAGUCUUAGUGUUUUAUUGUUUUCCAUUGUCUCUCUUUUUGUCGGUUCGAUUCUUCUGUCGCGGACUGAAUCGCCCCAUCCAUCAGUCGAGCAGCUACAGUGCUACUGUCGUUGCUGUGAUUGAGUGAUCUGAUCUUCCAGCAGUUCGAGAAGCAUUAACUGCAGAGGAAGGCAACUAUCAUCUUAUUUAAUAUAAAUAUAUGGUUAGGGACAAAUGGUACAAAAUAUAUGCUAUAUUUAAAAUUGUAUUUACAUGUUAAACACUUAUGAAUAUAAUAGAGCAUAAGACAAACAAGGCAAUUAAUAACAAUUGUUUAUUGUCUAGUUGAAUUUAAAAAUUGGUCGUUAAAACAGCAGCCUUCAAGCAUCGUUAUCAACAUUUACAUUGACUUAGCAUAAUUAUAAAAAAAACUGUAUUAAUUUAACUAUAUUGGGAUGAACAAAUCCGAUUUUUAGAUAUCAAUAAAAUAUUUGUAAGAUAUUUAAGUGUAAUAAUUUGAUGUAAGUUAAAUAUAUCUACCAUGAACACAAAAACAUUACACACGUAUACGACAUAACUGAUUCAAUGAAAAUGUGAAAAUUAUUGAAACAUAUUUCGUUCCUAUUAAGUAGAGUAUUUGUCAUAUAAAUUUUAAUAUUCAUGGGCAUUAAAUCACUUUAUAAUUGACGUGUAUAUAUGUGGGUGUUUAUUACGAAUCUAAAACAAUUGCGUGUACAGAAAUCCUUCGUUACAUAGUGAGAUACAGUAAUAUGCUCAUCAAGGCUAUCGAUAAAAUGAUGAUUGCAUAAAAACACAUUUCAAAAUGUUUUAAUUUCAAUGAAUACAAACAUUUAUUUUUUUUCAGCAAAAAUUUGUCAUGUGAUGCAAUCAGCAUUAGAUGGAAAACAAUAGAUUCAUGAUAUCUAUUAAAUUUUUAUCGAUGUGGCUCUCAUGAAUUUUGAUCUCUUUUAAUUGAUUUCAAUUUCUCAAUUUUAAUGGAAUUACAACCUUGGAUUGCAUCAGCAUGGCUCUAUUUUAACUGGUUUGGUCUAUGAAGGUGAUCAUCAAUCAAAGCGAUAAAAUUAACCUGAAAUUGGCGUUUUUUAAUCGAUGGCGAACAAGAUUGAAAAACAACUUUUAAAAAAGCUUUUUUCACGCCAGCACUAAUAUUUUCUCAUUAAUAUUAAAGCUAACUGAUUUAAUUUAUUAAUUUCGGAAAUUUAACGAUUUAC